AUGGGUGCAAAGGCCAAGAUGCAUGCUGCAGGAGGCAGCACAAGCUUGAUUGGAGACAACAUCGGACAGAUACUUAUGGUGCUGUUCGGAGCAUAUUUUGCAGUCGCACAUCGCUGGUGCCGGCAGAGCCUUCUGCUGGCGACACUUGUGCCACUGUUGGUGGCUGCGCUGACAGCUUCUUUGCUGGCAGUCUUUCGGAGUGCGAAAAGAUGGCAUACCUCAUCGACACCGGAGGACGUGACGGCAGAGUGCGUCCAGGCCGACGAAGCCAAGGAGAAGGCAGAAAAGGAAGAUGAGGAAGAUGUUGACCCAAUCUGGAUGGCGGAUUGGACAAAUCGCGAGGAGAGGGAAGAGGUGGCAAGAAAGCUUCAAGAAGCAGAACCUCCUCGCAAGGCCGAGGUGUUCGACCUCAAUGAUACGCCAACAUGGCUAGCGCAGAUGCAGAAACGCCGCGAGCAAGCGCAGCGAGCUGGAAAAGAUAAGCUGGUGCAGAAGCUCGAUAAAGAGAUCGACCAAGCGCUGAGCAAGUCGCUCACAGCCAAAGGCCCCGAACUUCGUGCAGGCCGUGAGGCAGAGGAAAUGCACCACGAGGAGGACGUUUGGAGCAUGGACUGGUCCAGUUGGAGAUCCUUUGAGUCUGCACUGCCAGCAGUUGCAGCUGCGUGA